AUGGAGAUAUUGCAUGGGGAUUUUCAUGAUGAAGAAUUUUUCUGCAAGCUUAGAGUUCUUGAGCUUCGUCAUCUUUCCAAGGAAUCUGGAACAUCCACAAGUCGUUUUAUUGAGAGUUUAACCAAAUUGGAAGAGCUAGUCAUACGUGAAUCUUAUCCGGAACAGCCAAGCAACAAUGUGGAAGCCAUGGAAGGCCCUAGUCAAGAGCAAAAAGUAAUAUUACCCUUUUCAAGACAAAUUAAACAUUUGAAGGCUCUAAAUGUGUCAUAUUGUGAUGGGUUAUCAAGUAUGUUUACACCAACAAUAGCUGAAAAUUUGGUGGCUCUCACAAAAUUGAGGAUAAGUAAUUGCAGGAUAUUGACAGAAGUUAUUAGUGACAAGGGAAGUAAGGAGGGGCACGAAGUGGCUUUCCAUCAUUUGAAAUGUAUGGAGCUUGAUGGGUUGAUAGAGUUGAAAUGUUUCAGCUCGGGUGGAUGCGCUUUAAUAUUCCCUCUCUUGGAAGAUGUCAUUGUGAAUGUAUGUCCCAACAUGAAGUUCUUCUCCGAGGGGCCAAUAGAGGCACCAAAGCUGGAUAGAGUAAAAGCUACGAUUGUUGGGGCUGAGUUUGUGAGGCUCAACUCGAGACAUGCUUUCACUCCAUCGAUGGCUUGGUGCCUUGCCAAUAUAUAUCAUAUGGAAAUAAGGGAGUGUGAUCGGAUGGAAGGAGUGAUCGAAGAUGAAGGGCAAGGAAGCGCAGUGGAGAAGAUUUCAUUCCCGAGGCUUCGUCGGAUGAUACUGAAACGGUUGCCCAAUUUGACUAGUUUCCUAUUGAGAAAGAAUCACACGCUGGAUUGUCACAAAAUACAAUAUCUGAGGAUUUCCCGCUGCCCCAAAAUGAGAAGUUUGACUUGGCAGUCUUCAAUGGAUAUCGACCAUGGCACACCUUCACUUUUCACUCCACGGGUACAAUUUCUUGGGCUUGAGCAGAUUGUUCUCUCUCACAUGGACAAUUUAAGCAAAAUAUGGACCGACAAUCCUCUAGAUACUCUCACUUUUGACUCUGUGCUGGAAGUGAAGGUCAAAAACUGCGAGAGCCUCGAAAAUCUAUUUCCGCAUUGGGUGGCUACAAGUCUAACCCAACUUGGGAAGCUUCAAGUGGAGUCUUGUAGGAUCGAGGAAAUAGUCGCUAAGGGAGACAACACUCCACACUCCAACAUUGCUCAAGUUCUUUUUCCGAAACUAACCUCUUUGGUGUUACAUGAUGUGCCACGACUCAAGACCUUCUGCCCUAACUUGCCGACUUUGAAUUGGCAAUUCUUGAAGGAGCUGCAAGUGACUCACUGUGAUAAACUCAACAUGUUGUCUUUUGCGGCAUCCAUGAGCAAGUGCCCUCAGAGAGAUGAUCAAGAGGACCUUUCAAACCAAGAAGUGCACUCUUCGUUUGAGAGGGUAUGA